AUGUACAACCUAGCGGUCAAGGUUGUGCAAAUUCGUGUUAGAGACGCAGGUGAAAUCAUUCAUCAAGAUGGUGGUAAUACAUUUUCGACGAAGGGAUUUAGAAAUUGGCACAGAAAAGAUAGCUUUGGAGUACACAUUGGUCCUCCCAAUAGCAUUCAUAAUCAAUCAAAAAGGAAGUGUGAAGAUCUUAUGAGGGAAGAACAAUCAAUUGAGGCUGCAUUUUACAAGUUGGACGAUAAAAGUAAGAAUAAAUAUCGAGUUCGGUUAUAUGCUUCAAUCGAUGUGGUUCAAUUUCUUCUAAAUCAAGGUUUAGCACUCCGCAGCCAUGAUGAAAGUGAAUCAUCCUUGAACAAAGAUAUAAUAAAGGAUUUAGAUGGUGACUACUUUGCUUUGUUGGUUGAUGAAUCAAGAGACGUAUCACACAAAGAGAAAAUGGCUAUUUGCUUACGAUAUGCUGAUAAAAAGGGAUUUGUGAUGGAAGAAUUCAUUGGACUUAUUCAUGUUAAAGAUACUAGUGCUUUAUCUUUAAAGAAAGCAAUUGUGGAUGUACUUGCUCACCAUUCUUUAACUUUAGCUUAUGUACGAGGGCAAUGUUAUGAUGGGGCAAGAAAUAUGCAAGUUUCUAAAAGGUGUGUUCAAGUAGGAGAACUUGUAUUAUUGAUUUCAAAUAUUUUGAAUGUGUUGGGGGAUUCCUUUAAACUUGUGGAUGAAUUUCGAGAAUCUCAAAAAGAAAAACUCCAAGAGGCAUUAGAUAUGGGUGAGCUAAAAAUGGGUAGAGGUUUGAAUCAAGAACUUGGUCUUAUUAAAGCCGGUGACACUCAUUGGGGAUCUCACUAUAAGUCAUUUGGAAACUUUAUUAGUAACUUUGCCUCCAUUGUUGAUGCACUUGAUUCUCUUGUUAAAAAUGCAAGAAUCACAAAUGAUCUUAAUGUGUUAUUACAAAAAAAGGAACAAGAUAUUUCUAAUGCCAUGAUUCUUCUACAAGAACUUAAUGACCAUUUUAAUGAGGUGACAAGUGAUUUUCUUAAUGCUGUAGCUUGCUUGAAUCCAAUUGAUACAUUUUCUAGUUUUGACAUAAAAAAGAUAUUGGUGAUGGCUAAAUUAUAUCCUGAUGAGUUUAAUAUGAGGGUUCUUGAGAAUCAACUUGUUAAUUAUACUAUUGAUGUUCAUGAUAUUGAUAAAAGAUUCUCCAAUUUAGGUGAACUUGGGGAACUUUCAAGAAAGUUGGUUGAGACAAAGAAGCAUUUAAUCUAUCCUCUUGUAUUUCUUUUAGUGAAGUUUUCUUUGCUUCUACCCGUUGCUAAUGCAUCAGUUGAAAGAGCUUUUUCGGCAAUGAAGUAUAUCAAGAAUGAUUUGCGGAAUUGA